UUGUCGCUGCAGGCCGCACGCUCCGGGCAGGUUCCCCCGACGGGCGGUGUGCGGGCUGACGCGGGCGGACGUGGGGUGGAAGCCCGGAGCCCAUGGCCGUGGCUGCGAUGGCCGAGCGCGGCCGCCUCCCGCCCGCCGCGCCCGCGCCCGGCACCGAGGGGCUGCCGCGGGCCUUCCUCCAGAGCCUGCGCACGCUCUUCGACAUCUUGGACGACCGGAGGCGCGGCUACGUGCACCUGCACGAGAUCGAGUCCCGCUGGCAGGGCGCGGACGCGCGCGAGCUGCCCCGCGGGGUGCUGGAGGGCUUGCGCCAGGUGGCCCCGGCCAGCGGCUACCUGACCUUCGAGCGCUUCGUGGCUGGCCUGCGCACGUCGCUGCUGAACGCGGACGGCGACCCCCGGGACCAGGCGCGCAUCCCGGCCGGGUCCGGGGACCAGCCGCCACCGCUGCAGCAGCGCCUGGUGUUUCCACCGGCCGAUGAGCCGAGGACUGUCCUGGAGAGGAAGCCCCUGCCCCUGAGGGCGCGUCCCCCGCCCCCUGGCCCCGGCGGCUCUUCCCGGAACCCGGAGUUUCCGUGCAGCCCGGCUGAGGCUGCGCCCUGUCCGGCCGAGCCGGAGCGGCCCUGGAGUACCGCGCUGGAGAGGAGCCCGAGCGCGGACGCAGGUGCAGCGGACUGCAGGGCCCUGGAGGUAGGCACAGGUGAAGCCAGGCGGGCUCCACGGGCCCGAGGGGAACGUCGAAGGCAUACGAUCACCAACGGUGUGGACUGUGGCCUGCUAAAGCAGAUGAAGGAGCUGGACCAAGAGCAGGAGGUGCUGCUGCAGGGCCUGGAGAUGAUGGCACGGGGCCGAGAGUGGUACCAGCAACAGCUGCAGCGUGUGCAGGAGCGCCAGCACCGCCUGAGCCAGAGCAGAGCCAGUACUGACUUUGGGGCUGCAGGGAGCCCCCGCCCUCUGGGGAGGCUGCUGCCCAAAGUACAGGAGGUGGCCCGGUGCCUGGGGGAGCUGUUGGCCGCAGCCUGUUCUAGCAGGGCUCUACCCUCGACCUCUUUGGGGCCUCUGGGCCCCAUCUCACCCUCAGCACCCAGCUGGCAGCAACAGACCAUCCUCAUGCUAAAGGAGCAGAACCGGCUUCUCACUCAGGAAGUGACCAGUAAGAGCGAGCGAAUCACUCAGCUGGAGCAGGAGAAGUCUGCACUCAUCAAGCAGCUGUUUGAGGCCCGAGCUCUCAGCCAGCAGGAUGCUGGGCCUCUAGACUCCACCUUCAUCUAGCUGUAUGUGUCUCUCCGGGACGUGCAAACUGACAUAGUUUGCCUCAGCUCCACGUGACCCUUGUGAGCCCGCCUUCUGAUUGAAGACCACCAGCUGGCCUGGAUAGAAUCCUCAAGUGGGAGCUCGAGCCUCUACCCUCGCCAUCUGGACUACUGAGGUUCACUCUAGGCUAACUACUGCCCUGACACUGACACAGUUCCAGACUUGGGGUGCUGAUCAGAGUGGUGCUCUGUUAUGUUGACACAGCCUGAAGCUGCUACUUCCACUGUCAGUGGACAGUGGAGGAUCCUUCCUCAUGUUUACCUGAUCUCAGGCAGCCCUGGACAGAGAGAGGGACGUGUUUAUGGCUGUCCUGUCCACUCCUGCGUCAUACCCUGGGUUCCCUGGUCUCUUAAUAAAAUGUGCUG